GUUGGAGUUAAUGGAGAGUGAGAGGGGUGUUUGCAGUCAAGUGUUUCAACAAAAGGAAAUUCGUGUUUGGUCAUAAAGUGCCUUUUUGAAGAAAAAGAAAAGCCUAGAUCUUUGAGAGUGGAGUCUAUCCUCUAAGUCCAGUUAAACCAAAGUCUGUUGGAGAAGCUGACUGGCCAUCUGCUCAGCGCAGAAGAAACCAGACCAAGUGAACCAAAAUUGAAUGACGGUUUUCAUUGGAAGUGAAAAGCAAAAUAAAAGAAGAUGCCAGCUUCAAUAAACAGCCUGCAAAAGAUGGCCAUCUACAUGGGGGUAGUGUCUGGAGGAGGAUGUGCAAUGAUGUAUUAUCUGAUGCAAAAAAACUUUGCUAGGUCAGAAUACUAUCACCGUGCACUGGAGCAGCUCAGAGAUCACCACACAGCAAUGGAAUCUCUUGGGGCUCCACCACUACAAGUACACAACGUCAGGCUGACAGACAGACAUAACAGAGUGGACAAAACAACUGCAAAGAUCAAAAUCCCAGUGUCUGGGUCUAAAUCUGCUGGAUAUCUCUAUAUCUACUCUAUCAGGGACACUAUAAUGAACAGGUGGUGUUUACAGGAGGUUGUGCUGCAGCUCAGGGAUGGACAGAGGAUCGAAGUUUAUGACCCCAGUGUAGAAGAUGAUGAGGUGAAGCAGGAGUGUUUUGGGCAGUCGGCCAUGGCAACUUCCUAGUGAAUUGUGAAAUGAUCUCCACCCAUCGCAUUGCAUCUGUCCAGCUUUGCUUGCAGAAAAAUACAAAAGCUGCUAUUUGUGAACAAGAGACGCUUUAAAACUUAGCAAUAGUCCCAUCAUACUUUUAACAUUGCAAAAUAAACAUCCUGUGAUGUCUUCUAAUUACUGUACAUUUGCUCAACAGAUCUUUUGAAUGUGGUAGUCUUCCAAAACAUCUUUCUGAUGUUUUUUGUACUCUUGUAAAAUCGUGUGGUAAACAAAGACAGCUUGAGAAAUGAAACACAUUGGUUGAAAUGACAAUGCAAUAAAAAAAAAAAGAAAGUUGGAACCACCACAAUGCACAUAUCUGAUAAACUUGUGAUGUGAUUUUUUUUAUACUGUUUUUGCUUUCUGUACUGCUACAAAAAGUACCCAAGGAUUCUAUGUUUUGGAAGUUACAAUUACAGUACACUGAAACUAUGAAAAAGGGUCUCUGAAAUGUUAUGAUAAUGUGAUUAUAAUUACAACAGAGCUAACAAAAUAAUUCCAGUUACUCUUGCCAAAUAUGUGUUGCCAUCAUUUCAUAGGUCUGAAGUGUUCCUAUGUAAAACAUGCUCAUGUAAUGGUAAAGGUGAAUUUACUUUUAAUGAUCUUUUUUAAUGGUAGUGGAUAAAAAUGUAUCGAUAGCUCUCUGCAGAUACCUUAAGAUGUUUGUAUAAAAUCAGGAGUUAAUUGCAUUAUAGCCAAAUGCAAUCUGAAACUUCUAGGAUGCCAGGAGUGUAUAAUACAUGUUUGUUGAAGAUUGUUGCAAAAUCCAGGCAGGUAAUAUGUUCACUUACACAGUGUGACUGACAGACAGGCAAGAUCAGCUUCAUAAGCGUCCCCUAUUUUUUACAAGGCCCCAAAAAACAAAACAUUCUAAAUUGAUUUUCUUUCCACAAGAACUUAAAAUUCCCAGAACCAUUCUCCAUCUUUUGUUCACUAAUAGCUAUGAAAAUAAGGAAAUACUAUUGAAAUAAUGUGUGCAUCUUUAAUACAGGAACAUGCGAGACCUAUGAAGUAAUGGUAAUGAUUCACUGGAAUUAAUUUCUUAGCUUUUUUAUUUAAAAAAAAAUAAAAUUAUAAUAAUUCUUGUUCAGCAAUUUAAAAUCUCUUAACCAGAUGACAGCAAUGAGUCUACCUUAUAUGUAGGGCUUCUGGUUUUCCAUUUUAACUGAUAAAAAAAAAAAAAAAGAUAAAACAGCCCUGAUACAAAAAAAAAAAGAAAUCUGUAUAUAUUUCUAUCUGUGCAAAAAAAAGACUAGAAACAGAUAAACCUCUCAUUUAUCUAGUUUGCAGGAAAUAAAAAAAGAUGUUCAGCAGCAGUCUGAAGUAUUUUGUUCAGCGAUGUUUAGUUUUGGAGAAAGUGAGUAUUUAUUUUCAACAGACAACUUGGGUACAGUGCAUUGUAAAAUAAAAAGUAAGUGGAUGCAAGCAAGCACUAUAUGUAUAGGAAGAUCACACCCAGGAGUUCGCAGUAUAUGAGCUGUGUUCAGAAUUUCACAGCUGAUUGCAGGCAAAAAGCAAGUGUUCAAACAAUUUUAUAAGUAAUUCAUGGGGUGUGAGCUGGGUAUGUAAGGAUAGGGCAGAGGAACUAGAAAGAGAAGU